AUGAUACGCCCGAUAGCGCUAUAUGCGUGUGAAACCUGGGCCACAAACAAAACAGAUGAGCAAAACUUAGCAAGAUUUGAGAGAAAGGUAUUAAACAAAUUUUUGGCCCCAGAAGAAUAUCAGCGAAGAAAGAAUGAAGAAGUAAUAAAAGCAUGUUAGAGAAUUCAGACAUAAUAGUUACCAUGAAAACCAAAAGGAUAAAAUGGGCAGAGCAUGUAUGGCGAGGUCGAGAACAGACAAUCGGUCAGGUCACCUACUGGAAGCCGAAGAUCAAAUGACUGUUCAGCCGUCCAAGACAAAGAUGGACAGGAUAGACAGGGUCCAUAAAGACCUGGAUAUGCAGGGAAUCGGCGAAGGACCUGAAUGGUCUAUAUUAAGCCGAAAAAAAAUAAAAGACCACUCACCGCAGGUGCCAGGCGACGUACCAUAUCAGUGUGUUUAG